AGACAGUCACGCUCUUUGGCGGUAGGGGCAUGGAGGAGCGGCGGGCUCCGAGCCGCGCCCCGGAGUCCCCGAAACUUCCGAGCAGGCGCUCGAUCGCGCCGCUGCCGCCGCAGCUACCUCACCUGCCGGCCUGAGAGCGGGACCAUGGAUGAAAGGUUCAACAAGUGGCUGCUGACGCCGGUGCUCACUCUCCUCUUCGUGGUCAUCAUGUACCAGUACGUGUCCCCUUCCUGCUCCAGCUCCUGCACCAACUUCGGGGAGCAGCUCCGCUCCGGGGAGGCUCGCCCGCCCGCUGUCCCGAGUCCUGCCCGACGAGCACAGGCACCCCCGGAUGAGUGGGAGCGGCGGCCCCAGCUGCCACCGCCACCCCGGGGACCGCCCGAGGGGUCUCGUGGGGUCGCGGCUCCGGAGGAUGAGGAUGAGGAUCCCGGAGACCCGGAGGAGGAGGAAGAAGAGGAGGAGGAGCCGGACCCCGAGGCGCCCGAAAACGGCUCCCUGCCCCGGUUCGUGCCGCGCUUCAACUUCACCCUGAAGGACCUGACCCGCUUCGUGGACUUCAACAUCAAAGGGCGCGACGUGAUCGUGUUCCUGCACAUCCAGAAGACCGGGGGCACCACGUUCGGCCGGCACCUGGUGAAGAACAUUCGCCUGGAGCAGCCAUGCAGCUGCAAAGCUGGCCAGAAAAAGUGCACCUGCCACCGGCCGGGCAAGAAGGAGACCUGGCUCUUCUCCCGCUUCUCCACCGGCUGGAGCUGCGGGCUGCAUGCUGACUGGACCGAGCUCACCAACUGCGUGCCGGCCAUCAUGGAGAAGAAGGAUUGUCCCCGCAAUCACAGCCACACCAGGAAUUUCUACUACAUCACAAUGUUGCGGGACCCGGUGUCACGUUACCUGAGUGAAUGGAAACACGUUCAACGAGGGGCCACAUGGAAAACCUCUCUCCAUAUGUGUGAUGGAAGAAGCCCCACCCCAGAUGAGCUGCCUACCUGCUAUCCUGGGGAUGACUGGUCUGGGGUCAGCUUGCGGGAGUUCAUGGAUUGUAGCUACAACCUGGCUAACAACCGCCAAGUCCGCAUGCUGGCUGACCUCAGCCUAGUGGGCUGCUACAACUUGACUUUCAUGAAUGAGAGUGAGCGCAACACCAUCCUACUGCAGAGUGCUAAGAACAACCUAAAGAACAUGGCCUUCUUUGGGCUUACUGAAUUCCAGAGGAAGACACAGUUUCUCUUUGAGAGGACAUUCAACUUGAAGUUCAUUUCUCCAUUCACACAGUUCAACAUCACACGGGCUUCCAAUGUGGACAUCAAUGAUGGAGCCCGUCAGCACAUUGAGGAGUUGAAUUUCCUGGACAUGCAGCUUUAUGAGUAUGCAAAGGAUCUCUUUCAGCAACGCUACCACCACACCAAACAGCUAGAGCACCAGAGGGACCGACAAAAGAGGCGUGAGGAGCGGAGGCUGCAUCGAGAGCACAGAGCACAUCGGUGGCCCAAAGAGGAUAGGGCCAUAGAGGGGACUGUCACUGAGGACUACAACAGCCAGGUGGUUAGAUGGUGACCCUCUGCCUGCUCCUUUUUAUGAAGGGAGAUAAGCAGGCACCUCCUCCUUCUCUUGGAUUACUUGGAAAAGGUUGGGCCAUGAUGAGGACCCCUGGCUUUAUGUGACUUAAUUUAGACACCUGCUUCCUCUUUGUCUUCAUUUUCAAUCCAGCUGGAGAUUUCUCCUUCUUUUCUAGACAUUUUCUGAUCACUGGUAUUAGGUGGGGGUAAAUAUAUCUGACAGACCACUGUAGAGGGGGUCAGGAAAGAGGCUUCCAGAAGGAGAAAGCUUGUAGUAUCUUUGCCACUCCCAGUGGGUCAAUUUAGGAACCUGGAACCCACAGAAGCACACAGGAAACCA